AUGUUCGUCAAGCCCGAGACCUUGGAGCUGAAGGAGGACGAGGACGUGCUGGUGCUGCUCGGCUCGGCCUCCCCGGCCUCGGCGGCCCUCACCCCGCUGUCGUCCAGCGCCGACGAGGAGGAAGAGGAGGAGCUGGGCGCGCCGGGCGGGGCCCGGAGGCCGCGAGGGGCCGAGGCGGCGCUGCGGGCGCGGGGAGGCUCGGCGGCGCCGGCCGAGGACUGCCGGCCCGCGCGGCUGCUGGGGCUGGUGCACGAAUGCAAGAGGCGCCCCUCGAGGGCGCGCGCCGGGGCGCGCGGCGCCAAGACGGCGGAGUCGGUGCAGCGCAUCAAGAAGACGCGCAGGCUCAAGGCCAACAACCGCGAGCGCAACCGCAUGCACAACCUCAACGCCGCGCUGGACGCGCUGCGCGAGGUGCUGCCCACCUUCCCCGAGGACGCCAAGCUCACCAAGAUCGAGACCCUGCGCUUCGCCCACAAUUACAUCUGGGCGCUCACCGAGACGCUGCGCCUGGCGGACCACUGCGGGGGCGGCGGCGCGGGCCUGCCCGGGGGGCUGUUCCCCGAGGCGGCGUUGCUGAGCCCGGGGGGCGCCAGCGCAGCGAGCAGCAGCGGGGAGAGCCCGUCGCCCGCCUCCACGUGGAGCUGCACCGACAGCCCCGCGCCGCCCUCCUCCGCGUCCUCCAGCUCCACCUCCCCCUACAGCUGCACUUUAUCGCCCGAGCCCGCGGGGUCAGACCUGGACUACUGGCAGCCCCCGCCGGCCGACCAGCUCCGCUACGCGCCGCACCUACCCUUGGUCAGGGACUGCAUCUAA